CUAUUAUCCGAUGUUGCCUAAUGUAGGAGAUAUCCCAGUGGAGACACUCGCACAAUUCAAGAAGGACGCGAAGCGAACCGACACCGGGUUCCUGGCGAUAGCAACAGAAGUAGAAACCGACGGAGAGAAGACCUCGGAACCUCCAGGAAAUAUCAAGGAAUUGCUGAAGGAGUUCCAAGACAUUCUCCCCGACGACCUUCCGAACGAGCUACCGCCAUACCGAAUGCAUCAACACGAGAUAGUGGAGGAAACAGGUUCGAAGCCGACCUUCCGAGCACCAUAUCGGCUCAGCCCUACUGAGCUAACCGACAUGAAAAAACAGAUCGAGUAUCUCUUCGCCAAAGGGCUCAUCCGACCAUCCACUUCGCCAUACGGUGCCCCAGUGCUCUUCACACCGAAACCGGACGGAAGCCUGCGCAUGUGCAUCGAUUACCGAGCUCUCAACAAGCAGACCAUCAAAAAUAAAUAUCCGAUACCAAGAAUCGAUGACCUGCUUGACCAGCUUCGAGGAGCUGCAGUAUUUUCCAAACUGGAUCUGCGGUCCGGAUACUGGCAGAUACGAAUGGCGGACAACUCCAUCCACAAGACGGCCUUCCGAACUCGGUACGGAUCAAAGCGACAUCUGCUCCAGUGGGACAAUGACAUCGCGUACCGGAAAGGAUCAACGAAAAUCUGGGUACCCAAUUACCCUCCUUUGCGCCAGUUCAUACUCGAAGAAUACCACGACGUCCUCUACGCCAGACACUUCGGUAGCAACAGGACGCUGACCGGCAUUGCAAAUCACUACUACUGGCCGCACUUGGCAGAAGAUGUUCAAAAAUUUGUCACCUCAUGUGAUACAUGUCAACGGAUGAAGAACAGCAAGCAGAAGAAGGCAGAACUACUGCAGCCUCUUCUUGUCCCAGAACAACCAUGGCAAGUAGUUAGCCUAGAUUUCAUCACCGGAUUACCACCUAUCACCAGCGGUCAUGACGCAAUCCUUGUCGUUAUUGACAAGUUCUCCAAAAUGGGACACUUCAUCUCGACACACACGACAGCACGCACCGAAGAUACAGCACAACUCUUCGUUCGAUACAUCAUCUCACAGCAUGGCAUUCCAACCACACUCAUCUCCGACCGAGACCCCAAGUUCACCAGCAAGUUCUAGAAGGAGCUUAUGUCUCUACUCGGGACCAA